AAUUUGAUCCAUUUUCCAUCAUACAUCCACCUUACACAUUCUCUUACCUGAUUGAAUCAUUGAAUAAUUCCUGUUUUGAACUAGCUGAGAAAAACCUGUGUUUUUUUGUUUGAAAAAAAUGGCAAAAUUAUUGUUUACCACUAUUUUGAUAAUAUCAAUGGCCGCUGUCUUCGUAUACAGUGCAAGUAUUGUUGGUGAUUUUCGAAAAUUGGACGUAAAUGAUGAACAACUUCAUCAAUCAUUAUCACAUUUGGAAAGACAAAUGGAUAAUCGUAUCAAUUCAAAUACUGUACAUCGUAUUGCUAAAAUACGUAAUGCUGAAUAUAAAGUUGUUUCCGGUAUUGAAUAUCGUGCUUUGUUUGAAUUUGGUGAAACUGAUUGUCAAAAAUCCGAUCAUCGUGAUAUUGAAUCAUGUCAAUUUACUGGUUAUAAUUUAAUCUGUAAUGCAACAACUAUUGAACAAUCUUGGUUACAUAAAAGUUCAUUGAUUGAUUUUUUUUGUGAAAAUUAAUUA